GCUUCCUGGGGAAACCGGCGGACCAACCCGGCACCGACCCUACGCUUCUUUCACAGUGGUGCGCGUGCAUUGUUCCCUGGCCAUUCGCCUCCGCCUCCGCCUCACGGACCUCUCUCGUCGGAAGCGGUCACGCGACGCAGGCGCUCUCCUCCGUCCUAGGGUCGCGGUCAUGGGUGUCGAUGAGUCAAUUAUUGCUCCUCCGUUCUCCGUGACGUUGUAGAUCUUGUCUCCUUUAUUUCUUUCCGCGUCUCCGGAUGAGGUGGCCCUCACAGGUUUCAUGUUAUGCUCUUUACGAUCUUCUGCCAUUCUUUUACCAGUCGAAGCAAUCACAUUGGUGUUAUCCCGAUGUGAGAUCCCUGCAUUAGGUUCAGUUUAAUCGCCGACGUGGUUGAAGAUGUCGAUCGUCUUUCUAUCGAAUUGAAUGCUAAGGUGUUCUGUAUUUCUCGAGUAAUACUUGUUGCCUGGAAUAGUUAGCCUAAUAUUCAUGCGCAUACAAGGUUUUCAAUAAAGACUGGCUUGCUAAAUCAGUAAACAUAUCAAUGUGCAUAGCUCCUCCAUCCAAGUUACCAACUAAUUAAGCCUAUCCGAACCCAGAAACUAAACUUCUAAAAGAGUAGGCGAGCAUGUUGAUCAGCAAACAACUAUUGCUGACUUACCUUUAUCUUCUUAUUUACAUAUGCCUCUCAUCUGGAGUUAUCCUGUAUAACAAGUGGGUAUUAUCUCCCAAGUAUUUCAAGUUUCCCUUCCCCAUAACACUUACUAUGAUUCAUAUGGGAUUCUCUGGUGUAGUAGCAUUCUUCCUUGUUCGUGUUUUCAAGGUUGUGGCACCAGUUAAGAUGACUUUUCAACUAUAUGCGACUUGUGUCAUUCCUAUUAGUGCGUUCUUUGCUUCGAGUCUGUGGUUUGGAAACACAGCUUAUCUGCACAUUUCAGUUGCCUUUAUUCAGAUGUUAAAGGCCUUGAUGCCAGUUGCCACAUUUAUCAUGGCCGUUAUUUGUGGAACUGACAAAUUAAGAUGUGAUGUUUUCUUGAAUAUGGUACUGGUCAGCAUUGGUGUUGCAAUCUCAUCAUAUGGGGAGAUUUACUUUAAUGUAGUUGGAACAGCUUACCAGGUCACUGGUAUAUUUGCAGAAGCAUUAAGGCUGGUUUUAACUCAGGUUCUCCUCCAGAAAAAAGGCUUAACUCUAAAUCCUGUUACAAGUCUAUAUUACAUAGCACCCUGCAGUUUCUUGUUUCUUUUUGUACCUUGGUAUGUAUUGGAGAAGACAGGGAUUGAGAUUUCACAAAUCCAAUUUAAUUUCUGGAUUUUUUUCUCAAAUGCUGUCUGCGCAUUGGCCUUGAACUUCUCUAUAUUUCUGGUCAUUGGUAGAACUGGGGCAGUGACUAUCAGAGUUGCUGGGGUUCUCAAAGACUGGAUUUUGAUUGCCCUUUCCACAAUUAUCUUUCCUGAAUCUACAAUUACGGGUCUUAAUAUAAUUGGAUAUGCUAUUGCCCUUUGUGGCGUUGUCUUGUACAACUACUUGAAGGUAAAGGAUGUCAGAGCAUCAAAUCAACUUCCUACAGAAAGCACCCCCGAGAGGAUGACAAAGGAUUGGAAGCUAGAGAAGCAAUCAGAUUUAUUUGGCGAUAAUGUUAAUGUGAGCGGGAAUGAUGCUGUAGUAACUUCAUUCAUGGUUGACGAAGAAGCGCUGCUCCUCCAGCCUACGAGGUUUUCCAGUUUGAAGUCAACAUAGUAUAUAUAUACAUCAGGAUCAUUGCCGAUGAAUCGACUAGUUGUUUUCUCUGGGUCUUUACGGCUGCAUCUAAUGGAAAUGAAAUAUACCAAUGUCACUGUACUUGGUUCAAACUGUAAAAGAACUGCUACAAGUUUUGCUUGAGUUGGAGGUAUAAUAGAUUAUGGCUUUAGCUGCGGGCAAAAUGUCCUGCUUGUGUUGUGCAAAAGGAGGCUUAUGGCAUUGCUCCUGUUAAUUUCUUAAAUUAUUUUAGCAGUUUAGAGAGAAAUUCUUAAAUUGUUGAUAAUUGUAGUUAUUCACAGUGGAACAUUCAUAUCAUC